AUGUCUUCAGAUUACAACCUUGAUUUUGAGGUUCCAUACUAUAUUAUUGAGCAUUAUUAUAUAUCGGGAGGAGUUUCGGUAUUUUUCAAUUUUCUAGUUUUAUAUUUGCUAUUGUUUCAUAGCGGAAAAAUUGGAAAUUUCAAAUUUUGCUUGCUAAGUUUUCAGGUUUCAAGUAUCAUUCUAGAUCUUAUAAUGACUUUAUUCAUGCAACCAAUUGGAUUAUUCCCAAUCUGUGCUGGAUAUAGUUAUGGAAUACUGUCUAGGUGGUACUCAUGGUCUUCUCAUUUACUUAUGAUGAUGGUUGCAUUUUUCUUAAGCUGUCAAAUUGAAACAUUGAUGUUAUGUAUUCUACAAAAGCACAAGACAAUUUUGGGGCUGCGCAAAUUGUCAAACAUUCCUGAUUGGCCUUAUAAUUGCGUUUUUGUAGUUUUGGGCUUUUACCCAUUUCUGGUGACUUUCACAUUAGAUCUGAGUUCGGAAAAUCAUGAAAGACAGCUGGAAUUGUUGAAUGAGCUCUACCCAGCCCUGGUCGAUAAAUUCCGCAGUUUACCGGAAUUUCAGUACUACGUUAUCAAUGACGGGAUGAAAAUGUUUCUAGCGCUGGCCUUAUUCGGAACUGUUCAAGCUUUUGUUGUAGAGACUACCCUAGUGAUUCACAUGUACAGAACACUGAAAUCCGUGCAGAACCAGCUCUCCUCUAUUACAAUGGGAAGACAUAAAUCCGCACUGAGAAGUCUCGUUGCUCAGUUUGCCACCACCCCUGUCGCCAUGCUACCCGGUGGAAUUGUUGCUCUGUGCGUCGUAUUUCCGACGGAUUAUUCACAAAAAAUCACGUGGUAUUCAAUAAUGGUAAUGACGACUCACUCGACUUUAAAUGCAAUUGUCAUGAUUCUUACUUAUCCGCAGUUUAAAAAGAAUUUGAUGUUCUGGAAUAAAAAUAUGAAAAGGACAUCCAUUGCCACUAUUUGA